GCGGAGCGGCUGCCCCGUGGCCCCGCGCCCUUCCGUUUCCAGCGGAAGAGGCGAUGGCGGCCGCCCGGUUGCUGCUGGCGGCGCUGGGCGCGGCGCUGGGUCUCUUCGCCUCGGCGGGGAAGAUGAAGAUCGUGGAGGAGCCGAACACGUUCGGGUUGAAUAACCCAUUCUUGCCUCAGACAAAUAGGCUGCAGCCAAAGAUGUCCCCGUCUGCUAUAUCAGGCCCUGCGCAUCUCUUUAGGCUUGCUGGCAAGUGUUUCAGUUUUGUGGAAUCCACGUACAAGUAUGAGUUUUGUCCUUUCCAUAAUGUCACUCAGCAUGAGCAGACUUUUCGAUGGAAUGCCUACAGUGGGAUUUUAGGAAUCUGGCACGAAUGGGAAAUUGCCAACAACACAUUUGUUGGAAUGUGGAUGAGGGAAGGAGACUCAUGUGAAACUAAGAGCAGACAGACAAAGGUUCAUCUUGUUUGUGGAAAGAGCAAUAAAUUGGCUUAUGUGUCUGAGCCAACUACUUGUGUUUACUCUCUCACAUUUGAGACUCCUCUUGUGUGCCAUCCCCACUCUCUUUUAGUUUAUCCAACUCUGACUGAAGCACUACAGAGGAAGUGGGAUGAAGCAGAGCAGCUUCUGUAUGAUGAACUAAUAACCGACCAGGGAUACAAAAAAUUACUGAAAGAGAUUUUUGAGGAAGCAGGACUUCUAAAAGCAACAGAAGAAAAGGAAGUUGAGAAACAGAAUAAGAAAAUAAGUCUGGAAUUUGAAACAGUGGAGAAGUGCAGUAAGGAAUACAAGCAACUUUCUGAAGAAAUGAAAAAACUUCGAGAUUUAUUAAGUCAGCACGGUAUUGCAUACAAAGGAAAUUCUGCUGAAAAUACCAGUGUUGAACACAUAAGUUACAAACCGGGAACUGCGGUGGCAACGGUUCGGAAUGGGUCAAAGGACGACGAGCACCUGCAUGGCGAUACAGGAACGUGGAAUGACGCCGUAUGAAGAAGCUUGGGUGGUAACAAGUUCACACGGAACGCCAAGCAAGUUGGAUGUGUGUUGUGGUGCUGAGAUGAUUUACCUUCUGCAAGUGUUCUUGACUUUCCGAAUUUCUGCCCAAAAGCAAAGGGAACGCAAUGGAGCGAGGGCUCGCCGUUACUGAGGACAGCGGGCCAGUUCCUGAGAUUUGUAAAACUUCUUUGCUGAGGCUGGUGUUGGGCACAGAUUUACAGAUUCUGCGUCUCCAGUCCCAGAUUUGUUAGUAUCUUUGAUCAAGCGUGGUAACCGGUGGUGUGAACACAAAAUAGUUCUUCGAGACCAAUGCUGUAAAAUGUGGUAUGAAAGGCAGUAAGUACAACAUCAAGAACA